UCUCUGCUUUUUUUCUUGUUCUUUUCCUCUUUUGUUUUGUAUGUUUUUUAAGUCCCCUUAACUAAAGCCAAAUUUUCGUUUGGGAGCCAGUCGUGCUCUCUCUCUCGCUCUCUAUCUAUCUCUCUCUAUCUGUGUUUGUGUGUGAAAACCCAAAACUCUUUCCUUCUCUCUCUAGAAAGAAAAAGAAAGAAUCUGUUCCGGUUCUAGGGUUUUAAAGAAUGAGUCUUUCUUUGCCAGGGAACCAUGUGGGAUAUCUUGGUACUCCUUGAUUAGGAAAGAACACCAUAAUAAUAAUAAUAAUAUUUUAGCAAUAUGGCUACAGAGAGUCCACUUAGAAUGCCCUCCCAUGAGUCAGCAACUUUUGUUCCAUCAACUCCUAAUAUGGCAGUGGAGGAUUUGCGAUUUCUUAGAAAUGCUCAAAGAUUCCGUGGCAGUGGGAGAGAUGCAGUCCCUAAUCGAAGUGGAAGUGCACCCCCAAACAUGGAAGGCUCCUUUUUCGCAAUAAACAACCUCAUUUCUCAGCAAAAUUCCAACCUUAAUCCUAGGCUGGGGAGUUCAAACAAUGCUCUUGUAGCUUUCAAUUCAGAGAAGCAGUCAUAUCUAUCUUAUUAUGGUACCGGUGCUAGCCCAAACCUUAGACUUCCUACACCACCCAUCCCAAGGGAGAAUCAGCAUCCGGGACGCCAUGCUGUUAAGUUUGGCACUAAUUGGGGAUUGGCUCCAAUAGAUGACAACAGUAAAAACUCCUUGCAUUUGUCGCAAGGAGUACUUUCUACCCACAAGGAAGAGUUGGAGGAUGACCACUCACCCAAGGACCCCUUAGACAGUUUAGCCAACACGACAAAUGGGUUUUGGUCUGGAGAUGGUGCUGCUCCAAUGGCAGGGCAAUCCAAACGCUUGGUUGAUAUAAUUCAGGAGGAUUUCCCCCGUACUCCAUCUCCUGUAUAUAACCAGUCUCUCUCCUUAAGCCCUGGAACAACAGAUGAAGCAGCUGAUCAAGAUGUUUUUUCCGGUUCCUUGCAUGAUUCCACCACUAGCACAUCCAAUGGCAUUCCAUCAAUUCUAGGAACCACACAACCCAAACCACCUCUUAGCAAAGGAUUUUUAAAUAGGGUAGACGUUGGCAUUAUUGAAUCUAGAAGGAAGGACCUUAAUAUAUCUAGCCCUCAGAAUUCCAAGGAGCAAAAAUAUCAAGAGCAGUGGCAUCACAGCUACCAGAGCCAUGUGCAGCAACACCAAGUCCACCAACAGCCAAGCAAUGCGUUUCAAGUUCAAAAUGCCAAGUCUCAAAUGGGUUCUCAAGGAGUAAAUUCUGCACACAUUGAUAUGGAUCAACUUCUCCAUGGCUCAUCAAUGUUCUCAGCGGAGGUGCAGUCGGUAUUGCAGUCGCUUGGGUUCACACCUCCUCUUUAUGGGACAGCUGGCUACAUGACUUCACCAAAUCCAUUUUACCCAAAUCUUCAGGCUCCAGGAUUAUGUGCUCCACAAUAUGGUAUAGGGGGGUAUGCUCUGAAUUCAACUGUGAUUCCUCCGUAUGUUGCAGGAUACCCCCCUCAUGGUAUGGUUUCAAUGGUUUUUGAUGGCUCUGCGAGUCCAAACUUUAAUGCUGGAAUGUCUGGGUCUUCAAGCGAAGGAAGCCUUGCCCAUGGAGCUGAUGUGCAACAUUAUAACAAGUUCUAUGGGCAGCUUGGAUAUGUAGUUCAACCUUCAUUUAUUGAUCCUCUUUAUAUGCAAUACUAUCAACAGCCUUAUGGACUAACAUAUAAUAUGUCUGGUCAAUUUGAUCCGUUGGCAUCUGGAGGUGGUGCUAGUUGGAGACAAAACCAUGCUCCUGCAUCAAAGAAAGGAUCUGAGGUUGCUGCUGGCUUGGAGGACCUGAAACUGCUACACCACCAGAGAGGUGGAGUGAGUGAUCUUAAUCGAGGUCGAGGGCGUGCAAUGAAUCGUCCUUAUUUUGGAAACUCACCAAACAUAGGUAUAUUGCAGUACCCCUCAUCACCGCUUUCGAGCCCUGUUUUGCCAGGAUCCCCAGUGGGCGGCACUGGUUUUUCUGGAGGGAGAAAUGAAAUGAGGUUUCCACCAGGAAGUGGUAGAUAUGCGUCUGUAUUUUCUGGAUGGCAAGGUCAAAGAGGACCAGAGAGUUUUAAUGACCCUAAAAUACAUAAUUUUCUUGAGGAGUUGAAAUCUGGCAAAGUCCACAGAUUUGAGUUGUCUGAUAUUGUAGGGCAUAUUGUUGAAUUUAGUGCUGAUCAACAUGGUAGCCGAUUUAUUCAGCAGAAGUUGGAGAAUUGCAGUGCUGAAGAGAAGGCAUUGGUAUUUAAAGAAGUUCUUCCACAUGCUUCCAAAUUAAUGACUGAUGUUUUUGGAAAUUAUCUUAUUCAGAAAGUUUUUGAGUGUGGAAGCAUGGAGCAGAGGAAGGAACUUGCUAAUCAGCUGACUGGUCAAAUUUUGCAUCUAAGUUUGCAGAUGUAUGGCUGUCGGGUAAUCCAAAAGGCACUUGAUGUAAUCGAGCUUGAUCAAAAAGCACAGCUUGUCCUUGAAUUGGAUGGACAUGUUAUGAAAUGUGUACGUGAUCAGAAUGGUAAUCAUGUCAUACAGAAGUGCAUUGAGAGUGUUCCAGCAGAAAAAAUUGGAUUCAUAUUCUCAGCCUUCUGUGGUGAAGUUGCAACACUUUCCAUGCAUCCCUAUGGUUGUCGUGUCAUACAGAGAGUUCUAGAGCAUUGUGCAUAUGAGCCGCAAUGUGAGUUCAUAGUGAAUGAGAUCUUGGAGUCUGUCCUCAUUCUUGCUCAGGACCAGUAUGGAAAUUAUGUGACUCAGCAUGUAUUGGAGAUGGGGAAACCUCCUGAAAGAUACCGGAUUAUUAGCAAAUUGUCAGGGCAUAUUGUUCUACUCAGCCAGCAUAAGUUUGGGUCCAAUGUUGUAGAGAAAUGUUUGGAAUAUGGUGGUGCCACUGAGCGGGAAAUAAUAAUUCAAGAGAUUCUUGGGCAGAAUGAAGGAAACGAUAAUCUAUUGACAAUGAUGAAGGACCAAUACGCAAAUUAUGUGGUCCAAAAGAUUCUUGACACCUGUACUGAUAUUCAGCGGGCAAUGUUGCUUAAUCGAAUAAGAACACAUGUGCAUGCUCUGAAGAAAUAUACUUAUGGGAAGCACAUUGUUGCUAGAUUCGAACAGCAAUAUGGGGAAGGAAUAACAACCAAAUCAUGCAAGCAUCCUUUGUCUUGAUCAUGUUAAUACAUGACUGCCACAGAAAGCUUCCACCAUCAAUUACCAGAUUGGAAUUGUAAAGUCAGUAAAUAUGCAUGUGCCACGGAAUGGUUUGUACAUAUGUUGUGUAGCUCAACUAUUUGGACCCAAACGAAAGGAGCAACAGUAGGAUAACAGUUUUGAUUGCAACACAGAUUCAAAGGGAAUGAAAAGCUCCUUGAUAGCUAAUUCUGUAAAAUCGUUUGAUGGGUUUGUUUGGUAAAUGGCUUUUCUUUAUAAGGUAGGAGAGGCUAUACAAAUACAAUGUGUCCUUUUGUACUGCAUUGGAAGCCAUGCAUGUCAAUAGGAAAAGCCGUCUUCCAAAAGGUUUCCCUGU